AUGGUGCACGCCGAUGCCGCGGCGCUUCCUUCGUACGUGGUCACGAAAGCCGACUUUUACGACCACCUCGAAUCGUCGCUCAUCUCGCUCAUCGAUCCAGGAACCGACUGGAUCUCGGCGCUCUCGAAUGCAUCGUCGCUCGUCUUCAACUCGAUGAAUCGCUUCCCUGCAUGGACGUCCAAACGGAUCAACUGGGCAGGCUUCUAUCUGCUGUCGCCUCUGCUCCCAUCCGAGAUCGUCUCGCCCAAGAAGCGCAAGCACCCGACGUUGUUGCUGGGUCCAUUCAACGGCCUGCCUGCAUGUCAGCUCAUCGUUUCCGUGCCAGGCAAGGGUGUCUGCGCAGACGCUUCUGCUGUACUUCCGCCACGCGUGGUUCGUGUCGCCGACACAGACGCGUACCCAGGACACAUUGCUUGCGACUCGCUCAGCAAAAGCGAGAUUGUCGUCCCACUCGUCAUCCCAAGAACCAGAUUGGCUCACGUUCAUCAAAAUGCUUUGCAACAACAGAGCCCGCUCAACCAAGCAACACCGGUCGAUGGCGAUGACAGGUCUUGGGCAGGAAGAGGCGACGCCCAAGACAUUAUCAUCGGCGUUCUCGAUAUCGACUGUGAAUCACUCGACGGCUUCGACCAAGAGGACGAGACCAGGUUGCGCACUAUUGCCGACUUGAUCGUUCAACGCUCGGCCUGGUAG